GAUAUAAUAUUUGUAAAAAUACUUUAUAGUUUGGUUCACUUCACUAAAUCCAUCCGUCUUUCAAAAAAAACCUUCAUUCAACAAGAAAGCUCAUAAAAUAGCAUAAAAAAAAGUUUUAUACUCGCUUUUCCCAAAUUUCUAUUACUUUUUUUUCGAAGUUUUUAACCGUAGUUUUUUAUGUCCGAGAUCCAAAAUCUUCAAACUUACGACCCUUUCGCUGAUACCGGUGAAGAAGAAGCAGGACAACCCCAAGGGUAUAUUCAUAUUCGUAUACAACAGAGAAACGGAAGAAAGACUUUGACUACUGUUCAAGGUUUACCUAGUGAAUAUGAUCAAAAGAAAUUGUUAAAAGCUUUCAAAAAGGAAUUCGCUUGUAAUGGUACACUUGUGCAAGAUGAGGAGCUUGGACAAAUAAUCCAACUUCAAGGUGACCAACGUCUCAAAGUCCAAAACUUUCUUGGGGACAACGGCAUCGACAAAAAUAUCAUCAAGAUUCACGGUUUCUAGACCUUUUGGUAUAUGGAAAUCAUGGUCGCUCCGAUAUUUUUUAAGAAUUGAAGUAAAAGUAUUUUAUAGAAUGAAUGUUCCUAUAAUUGGGCUGAGCGAAUUUGUUUUAUAAAUUUUUUUUGAAGGACAGAGUUUGUAGUAUUAUUUAUUCCUUCUUUAUUUUAGGGGUUAAUAGGCAAUGUUUUAAAAGAAUAGCCAAUCUUUUUUUUGCAAUAAAUCAAUCUUUUCCUUAAAUAAAAUACAAUUAUCAAAAAAAAUAAAAAUAUUAUAAGCUAUAAUCAAU